AGAUGCUUUUUUGCUGCAUUGCAUGCUGGGAAGCAAACUUUUUGAAAAUGGCGACAUCUUUAGGAGCUAAUAUUUACAACAGACAAAAUUGGGAAGACGCGGAUUUUCCUAUUCUCUGCCAGACAUGUCUUGGAGAGAAUCCUUAUAUUCGAAUGACCAAGGAGAAAUAUGGCAAGGAGUGCAAGAUAUGUGCCAGGCCCUUCACAGUGUUCCGAUGGUGUCCUGGGACCCGCAUGCGAUUCAAAAAGACAGAGGUGUGCCAGACGUGCAGUAAGAUGAAGAAUGUCUGUCAGACGUGCCUGCUGGAUCUAGAGUAUGGCUUGCCAAUACAGGUCCGAGACACUGGGCUGUCAAUCAAGGACGACGUGCCAAAAUCCGAUGUGAACAAGGAAUACUACACUCAGAACAUGGAAAGAGAGAUAGGGAACUCUGAUGGUACACGGCCAGUGGGUCUCCUGGGUAAGGCCCCCAGCUCUAGUGACAUGCUGCUGAAGCUAGCCCGCACCACGCCUUACUACAAGAGGAACAGACCACACAUCUGCUCCUUCUGGGUGAAGGGAGAAUGUAAGAGAGGAGAAGAGUGUCCCUACAGGCAUGAGAAGCCAACUGAUCCUGACGAUCCCCUGGCAGACCAGAACAUUAAGGACCGUUACUAUGGUAUCAACGACCCUGUGGCUGACAAGCUGCUGAAGAGGGCCUCCACCAUGCCUAGACUGGAUACGCCAGAGGACAAGUCCAUCACUACGCUGUAUGUGGGGGGGCUCGGAGACUCCAUCACUGACUCAGAGCUCAGGAACCAUUUCUACCAGUUUGGGGAGAUCCGGACCACCACCAUCGUUCAGAGGCAGCAGUGUGCCUUCAUCCAGUUUGCCACCCGUCAGGCUGCAGAGUUGGCUGCUGAGAAAUCCUUCAACAAGCUCAUUAUCAAAGGUCGCAGACUCAACGUCAAGUGGGGCAGGUCCCAGGGAGCGCGGGGGAAGGAGGGAAGGGAGAGGGAAGGGGUGACUGAGAUGGGGAUGAAGCUGGAGCCAGUACCUGGACUGCCUGGAGCGCUACCUCCGCCACCUGUGGAUGAAGACGCCCCUACCAACUAUUUCAACCUGGGCCCUAACUCAGCCCCUCCUGUCAUGAACAUCAGUCUACCCCCACCCCCCGGCGUGGCUAUGCCCCCUCCAGGCUUUGGCCCACCUAUGUUCCACUCGAUGGACCCCAUGGCGAUACCCCAUUCCAUUGGGAUGAGGCCUCCUGGCCAUGUCCACUACCCCUCCCAGGAUCCACAGCGCAUGGGUGCACACGCCAGUCGUCACGGAGGCUCCUAGGCCCUACUGGUUAUAGUGAUUGCUGUUUUUAAUGACAUUUUGAUUUAGUCUUAUACCUAUUCCUUACCAAAUGACCAAUUCCACCCUAUAAACAAACCAGGCACAGUGACUUUAGACAUGUUUCACCGAUGUGAGAUCCGUGUUCUACGGGUUAUAGAGGACGACCCAGCAAGGUCUCGCUGGUUUGGAAAAGUGAGUUCUGAACAGUGUAAUUUUUAAUGGUUCCUUAAACCUUCCCCCAUUUGAACCUAUGUUCUAACUAAGGGUUGGAACCGGUUCAUGGAGCAGAACCGAAAAUAAAUUAUUUGAGGAAAAGAACCCCGAACUUGAAAACGUGAUCUAUAGUGGUCCAGAACAGUCCACAAACAUCGCAACGAAGCACCUAUGCAAAGCCCUCUCUGUCACUCAAUCUUAUUCUAGCGUCUGCCUUCCAGGUGGAAAUCGUUGCCAGUGGGUGUGUGUGUUGGCUACUUGCCCCUCCCCUCUGAAGCAUAGGUUACUGUAGUCUACUGACGACGUUACACGCAUCAUUCAGAAAUUAGGGAGAGAUGUUUAUUUAAAGAAUGAAUUUACUUUUUCAAUGAUAGUUAAGGAUACUAUUGUUUUCACACCUCACAUUGGAUUUAUUAACUACAAAAAGGUAAGAUGUGUUUUUCAUUCUUGUUCUGCUCUGCACACACAUGAGCUUGUUAGCUAAUGUUUGAUAUGGUCCAACAUUAAACCAACUCGGAAGUUCAAUGACA